AUGCAUUUCUCUAUUGCUAGCAUCACUGCCUGCUUGGCUCUGGUAGCCAGCACUAGCGUCUCUGCCGCUCCCACCAGCUCCUCGUCACCUUCCACGCUAUCUUCAAGGGCGGAAGCCAAAGUAGGCUACCUCGCCAGCAACUUCUUGGGAGGCAACGUGCAAUCCGUCUACUUUUCCUUGUCUCGUGGCAAUGAUGCCCUGAGCUUCAGGAUGCUAAACGGUGGUCAGCCCGUCUUAACGCCAGCUUCUGGGCAAGGUACAGGUGGUGCUAGAGACCCUUACCUCGUGGCCAGUCCUGAUGGUAAGACGUUCUGGCAGAUCGCCACAGACUUGGUAAGUCGAGGUAUGCUUCAUCGAUGCUGCUGGCGUGGAGCUGACUGGACACGAUGCUCUGCAGGACAUCGGUAAGACAACUUGGGGAGAGGCUGUGCGCACCGGCAGCCGAGCGAUCUACGUCUGGACCUCCACGAACCUCGUGGACUGGUCCCCAAGCGAGCUGGUCGAUGGUGCGUCGAAGGCUCAUCAGAGCUUGCUCUGCCCUUGAGGAAUAUGCUGACGGUGCCCCUGACAUCCGCUCGGUACAGUCGAAGACGCUACGGCAGGCAUGGUAUGGGCACCAAGCGCGCACUACAACUCUGCGACUCAAGAGUACACCGUCUUUUGGUCCUCUCGUUUCUAUGCUGAGAACGACCCUGACCACAAAGGUGCGGUCGUCCGCGAGGACACUAUCCGCUAUGCGACCACGAAGGACUUCAAGACGUUCAGUGCGCCCAAGAACUACCUGGAUGCCACGCCUUUCAUCGAUCAAGAAUUCCUUCCGCUCGACAAUGGAGGGUGGGCGCGCUUCUUGAAGAAUGAGAGCAGCAGCGUUGUGACGUGGCAAACGACAUCGGACACCAGUCUGCUCUCCUCCGAUUGGCAGGAUCAUGGAGCAGUGACGAACGCUGCUCGUGAAGGACCUGCAGCAUUCCACGACAAUAACGAUGCCAGCCUCAUUCACCUCUGGCUCGACGAUUUUAGCGGACCUGGAAGGUAUUUGCCCUACUCUACCAAGAGCGUCACCGCCGGUCCAUGGGCGCAAGACGAUGCACCCAACUUCCCGACCAACCUUCGACAUGGCUCUGUCAUCCAGCUGAACCAACAACAGUACGACGCGCUGAGUCAAAAGUGGCCAGCUUGA